AUGAUAAAAUUCAUCGCCUCCGGUUUUGCCGCGCUAUCCGGCUUUGCAAUUUUGGCACUGACCAUUUUUGUACCCCAAAUUUAUUGGGAAAUCAACGAGUUGCAAGUUGAGGUUGUUGGUGUUGUGGAGAGUUUUAAGGUGGAAACCGAUUCUCUGUGGAUCGACCUGAUGGAUGUCCAAAUCAAGCACUCUGCGCCAUCUCGUCCACUGGAAAAUCCACUCCUUAGAAGGGAUAAACGCUUCGCAAAACUGCCAGACUGGUGUCAGUGUGAUUCAGCACCACAAUGUCCGCCCGGACCACCAGGACCACAAGGAGCUCCAGGAGCACCAGGAAUCCCCGGAGAAGCUGGACCUCGUGGAAUGGACAAUCCCCACCAAAUCUCCACCACUUCCUGCGAUCAACAAAUUUCGGGAUGUGUUCAAUGCCCAAGAGGGCCUCCAGGACCUGCUGGACCCGUUGGAGACAUUGGACCACAAGGACCAGAUGGUGCUCCAGGAGCACCAGGAUCCCCAUCUCAGACUCACGGGCGGCCAGGACUUCCAGGACCACCAGGAGAUGCUGGAGCUCCCGGAGCACCAGGAUUGGAUGGAGAGCCAGGACAUCCGGGGGCGGAUGGACAGAGACAAAAGGGUCAACCGGGACCACCGGGACCACCAGGAGCCAGAGGAAAAGCUGGAGAAAAUGGGAGAGCCGGAGAGAAGGGACGAGAUGGGGAGGCUGGAAGUGAGGGAAUUCCAGGGGUGCCUGGACCAAGAGGAGCACCAGGAACACCGGGAAGUGUUGGACAAUCUGGUGGGCCAGGAAUUCCAGGUAAGGAUUUUUUAAUCGUUAAAAAAACUGAAACGUCUGAUGGACAAUACUGUCCCUGCCCGCCAAGAUCCUUCAUUUUGGCUGCCAAUUCUCGUCGUCUUCGUUCUCACGUCUGA